AUGCAUGUACAGAUGCCCUUCUCUGCGUCCCGUACUCGAGUAGUUACCUCGAUCGCUCGCUUCCCCAAUCUCGGCCAGCGGUGUAUGAGCGUCCGCCCAUUAAAAUAUGAACAUCUCACAAACGCACCUGGUGAAUCUUCCCCACAGAAGUCAGCUCCACCGCCGCCCCGCAAAAAGGUAACAAUUGCCUCUCUGCACGCCCUCCGUCAAGAACGCACCCCGAUCACUGUGCUCACAGCAUAUGAUUAUCCCACUGCACGAGCCGCUUCUACACACGGCAUUGAUAUCACCCUCGUCGGCGACAGCUUGGCCCAGGUCUGCCUAGGCUAUCCCAGCACCACUUCACUUACUCUUGAUGAAAUGCUUCACCACUGUCGCGCAGUCGCACGGGGAACAUCCGCACCACUUCUUGUCGGAGACAUGCCGUUCGGAAGCUAUUACACAGGGAAAGAAGACACGAUUCGAGCAGCCGUUCGCAUGCUCCAAGAGGGAAAUGUGGAAGCCGUGAAGCUAGAGGGAGGAAGUGAGAUCGCUGCACGUGUGCAAGCCCUCACGAGUAUCGGAAUCCCCGUGAUGGCACAUGUCGGCUUGCUACCACAGCGUCACACUGCGCUUUCCGGGUACCGGGUCCAAGGGCGCACAGCGACUUCCGCAAGAUCUAUCCUGCACUCGGCCCUCGCCCUCGAAGAGGCAGGGGCAUUCUCCAUUGUUCUCGAAGCGAUUCCUUCGUCUCUUGCUGCAUACAUCACAUCGCGGUUGAAGGUGCCUACUAUUGGCAUCGGUGCAGGCCCUGGUUGCAGUGGACAGGUGCUCGUGUGGGACGACGUAAUGGGGACAUGGGCAGGACACAAGGCAAAAUUCGUGAGACGGUUUGGGGAUGUGAAGAGCGAGGUCGAACGAGGUGUGAAGGCGUAUGCUAGUGCUGUUAGAGACGGCAGCUUCCCUCGUCACGAGAAAGAAGGUUAUGCGAUGGACGAUGCAGAGAUCGAGAAGCUGUUGGAGAUGGAAAGUGAUCAAGAGUGGACGUGGAAUCCUCCGAAACCGACGACAACCCUUUAA